UCUGCAGCAUCAGUACCACCUCCCCCGUGCCUCCUCCCCCUCUCUCUCUCGCUCGGUUUUCCUGCCGGGCUGCUGCUUUGCGCGCUGCGGGGCCACACUGCGACCACACCGAGGAGGAAGAAGAGAAAGCCGCGGACCGACGGGGGGGCCAGCCGAGCCAGAGCGGCGGACAUUAAAAAAAAAAAACGAAUAAGAAGAAGGACGCGGGAGGAAGAAGGAGGCGCGGACAGCGAGCCCGAGGAGCAGAAGCAGAAGGCGGAGACGCGUUCCUCCCUCCAUCUCUGCCUCCGUGAAGAAGAGCCGAGAGGAGCAGCAGCAGGAGGACCGCGAGGACCUCGCAGCGGAGAAAACGACGAACGACGCGGAGCCGGAAGCCUCCCCCCCUCCCCCCUGGACCAGGGACGAUUCUCCGUUUGUAGCAGCGGCGCGGCGACACGAUGAAGGACCGCACGGCGGAACUGCGAAGCGCAAAGGACAGCGACGACGAUGAGGAGGUGGUGCAGGUGGACAGGGACCACUUCAUGGACGAGUUCUUCGAACAGGUGGAGGAGAUCCGAGGCUGUAUAGAAAAGCUGUCGGAGGACGUGGAGCAGGUCAAGAAGCAGCACAGCGCCAUCCUGGCCGCACCCAAUCCUGACGAAAAGACCAAGCAGGAGUUGGAGGACCUCACAGCUGACAUCAAGAAGACAGCCAAUAAAGUUCGCUCAAAAUUAAAAGCAAUCGAGCAGAGCAUCGAGCAGGAGGAGGGGCUCAACAGAUCAUCAGCGGACCUCAGGAUCCGUAAGACGCAGCACUCGACAUUGUCACGCAAGUUCGUGGAGGUGAUGACUGAGUACAACACCACGCAGUCCAAGUACCGCGACCGCUGCAAGGACCGCAUCCAGAGGCAGCUGGAGAUCACUGGAAGAACCACUACCAACGAGGAGCUCGAGGACAUGUUGGAGAGUGGCAAGCUGGCCAUCUUCACUGAUGAUAUCAAAAUGGACUCUCAGAUGACGAAGCAGGCCCUGAACGAGAUCGAGACCCGGCACACUGAGAUCAUCAAGCUGGAAAACAGCAUCCGUGAGCUGCACGACAUGUUCGUCGACAUGGCCAUGCUGGUCGAGAGCCAGGGCGAGAUGAUUGACAGAAUCGAGUACAACGUGGAGCACUCCGUCGACUACGUGGAGCGAGCCGUCUCCGACACCAAGAAGGCCGUCAAAUACCAGAGCCAGGCUCGCAAGAAGAAGAUCAUGAUCAUCAUCUGCUGUGUCAUCCUCGGCGUGGUCCUGGCGUCGUCCAUCGGUGGCACGCUGGGCAUGUAACGCGCUCCGCCACCUGCUGCCGUGACGACCGAACACCGACUGACCGACCGUCCGACCGACAGCCAGCAGAGAAAAGAAACACCAACGACGACACAAAAACUUGAAACACAAAUGCAAGACAGAUAACCAAUCAGCUAGGAAGAGAUAACGACCCAAUCACAGAUAAGAGGAAACACCACGGGUUCGGGUGGGGUUCAAAAAACAAGAAAAAACCACGAGAAAACACCAUGACAUCAUAGCUGACUGACUACACCACAUAUACAAAAGAGGGUACAGAUAAACCUAUUUAUUACAGAUGUACAUGUAAAUGUAUCGAACAUGAAGCAACACGUGGGUUAGCUACCUGUAAAAACUGAUGACCUAUAAUAUGGCAUUUACUUGUUUGUUUGCUUGUUUUGCCUCUUUUCUUAUUUUUUAAAAGUUUCUUUCGUUUUUCCGGAGUCUCCGAGGACAGUGACGGCGACGGCUGCCGGGUGGGAGUUCUGCCCGUCGAGGCUCCGGAGCUUAGCGCCUUCGGGAACGAGCUCAGAUAACGAAAUAAAAGGCCAAAAAAAAGAGAGAGAACAUGUUUCUAUCACAUUCUGGAACUCUGGAGCGUUCCCGAGCUGCGCCCUGGAAUACUUCCUGUUCCAGAGCGCAGACGGGAAAAGCAGCCGAAGGUUCCGGAAUGUCAGCCUGCAGAACGAGCACCCUCCGGCUUUGGCAGAACACGCUCCGCCCCCUUGUUGCUAGGAGGGGUUUCACCGCUGCCUCUUUAGACCACCUCUCAUUGGUUGCUCACUCCUGGCGUUCACCUCAGUCAGCCAAUGAAAUUAGCUUAACCUGGCGAAGCCCGGCCUGCCACGCGUUAUUUAGGACGCAACAAGGACGUUGACCGUGACACGCUUCCCUCUGAGUUCGGGGGAGGGAGGAGUGUCCGCGGCAAGAACCUCCCCUUUUCGUCACACCUAUCCAACCAAAGAGGGGGAGGGCCUCUGGUUGUCAGGCUGAAUUUGAUUGGCUGGCGGCAGAAAAGACCGUGACGUUUGACUGACAGGUGAACGAUGGGGAAGAAGGGGACAGGAGGGUUCGGACGAGCAAGAGGAAUCUAUGCAGUUUAGAAAACCACGCCUCCCCGCCACUGGGACAGCCAAUGAGGAUUGGGCAUUUCGGUGAUCUGAUCAGGUCCGCGGUCGUCAUCUCGAAGCUGUCGCAGCUGUUCUUCCGGAAGAUCCUAAAAAAUGAAGAGAACGCAUUAAAAAGUAAAGAAGAAAAACAAAUGUAACUACACUAAGAAGCGCUGGUUGCCCUGGUUACCUGAGUGUCGCGGUGAUAUCGUUGCUUUCCCGUUUCUUGAUGGGGAACGUUUGUUGCUUCGUUGUUUCCGUGGUGCUGCUGUUUUGGUGCGUGUGACGCGUCCCGUGACGUAUCGGCCUGACACGAUUUAGCUGUUAAUGUUUAGUCUGUACGUUUUAAAGCAUUCGCCCAGAUCCCACCUGCAGCCCCGAGUGUGCGUGCGUGUGUGUGCGGUUUUUCAUCCACGCUGUGUGAGCGCAUGAGUUGCACAGGUGCUACUGACCAGCAGAAGGUGGAUUUUCUCUGUGGAAGGUGGAACAUGUGACACACAUACAUUCAUAUAAAUUCCCAACAUAUGCUGCUUUUGAUUGCAACCGGGAAUUUGGAAUUUCCAGUUUCAUUAACCUGGGAAGUUUCUGAUUAACAUGACGUUGUUCAUGAGUUCAAAUCAGUUCUGAACGCCUUCGUCUGCUUUUGUGUUCUCUGUGGAAAAGCAGCAAAGCAAACCUGCGGGAACGUUGACGGCUCGGAUGUCAUUCCCAGUGCUGAUUUCCAAAUUCCGCGGUGCAUUAAAUGCAGCAGUAGCUCAUGCAUGAAUCCAUGUUUAUCUUUUCAUGCAGACACACUGGACACUCGCCCCCUAACUCGCGAAUUCCCCGUGUUACAUAUCAAACCAGUGACUGCGUCGCUUAUAGCAUGCUGUAGCGUUAGCUUGUGUUUCGUGUAGAUUAUGUAGAAGCUGCUCGUUACAGAUCGGUCAUCAGUUUUCUUCCUUUUUUAAACAUUAAAGACGUUUCUGUCCAGACUGGCGCCGGGACAAAGGCGGCUGAAGAUUAGCGGUUAGCUGAACGUCUGCAGGACUCCUUACAGAGACCGCUGAUUAAGAAAUGUGACGCAGCAAACAGCCUCAGGACUGCGUGCUGUGUUGAAGAUCGCGCCACCGCCUGCGCUAACAUGUAGGACCGCGGCGUUGAAGAGGAAGGGUCGUCUACGCUCAGGCUCUGUGAUACGGAGGUUCAUCUGCUUCUGUUGAGGCCUCGCUGGACGACCACCACCUUAAAACCUCACGGUCCCCUCCUGCUCAGCGCUCAUGGUUAGUUUUGUUUGACGGCGUCUUCUCCGGUUUCACCUGUUCUGCUCUGGAUCUUUUAGACCCUGAUCGGGCUGCCGACGUCCCUGACUUACAGUUUUUGUUUCGUGUUUCCUGAGAAAUGUAUUAUUUGAAGCUUUUCAGAGCUUCACACCGCCUUUCAUAACGAGUCAAAGCUGUUUUUUGCUUCUCUGUAGAGACCUGCCGACAGGAAGCUGACGUUAGUUUGGCAGUCGUGCGUCCUCCUCAGCCAGCUCGAGCGUUGGAAACAAAUGUUGUUUUGUGGAAAACGUGUUUUCUGACCCAUCACAGUAGCUAGCAUUAGCUUUAGCAUUAGCUUUAGAUGUCUGUGGUGCCGUGUAGCCUGUUUUGUUUCAUUCUUGGCUUCCCAAAACCAAAACGUAACGCGCGUUCACCAAAGCUCGCAGACCCCGCCCCCGCCCCUCUCCUCCAAAGAGCCCAGCAGAUGUGUGGUCAUGUGCCGUGUCUGUAGAUUUAGGUCGAUCUCGCACUUUUCUCUCUGCUCGUUCCUUCUGGUUUUCGGUGUUUUCACAUGUAGAGCUGUCGACUCAGUAUGAACCAGUGUGCUUGUUUUACCUGCGUUUACACGACUCCCUCGGACAUUUAGAGAACCUAAACCCACGUCCCCAUUGGCUGCUUCGUUCAUCGUCCUUCGUUCGUUCAAGCGGUUGACGGUUGUCCAGGCGGCGUCGCGGUCGUCGCGGCAGUCUCGGGUUGGUGAUUGUGGUGGAUGCGAGGAUGCCGUCAUAGCACCAGCCAGCUUGUUGACACUGAUUUUGCCAUGUGUGAGUGUUUGUUUUCUGUGAAGUUCCCGCUCCUGCGUGGCGGUCGCUCGUCGGGUCCCGCCGCCAUCCUCUCGAAAACAUGGACAAAACCUCACGAAACCCACGCAGGCAACAGUUGGAGAUUCGGCUACGUGAAGGUUCAAAUGGUCGUCGGCACGUCUGCCCGCCCCGUCCUCUCGUCUCUUCCUGUCGUGCUGUAGAUGUUUGGUUGUACAAAAAGAUGGCGCAGAGGGUCGGAGUCUGCCCCCUCCCUUCGCCCUGCAGGCCCCGCCCAUCCCACUGUGUGUACUACUUAUAAUAAUGGUAAUAAAAAAGGCAUGCAAAAGCGUUGUGGAGUUUGCAUGAUGGUGUUUUUUGUACCCCACCUCCCCGCCUCGCCCUUCACGUCGUGCACUUUACCGCCAAUCAGACCCCGUUUGGUUUCUAUGGAAACACUUCACAGUUACUUUCGUUCGUGACGCGUCAUUCUUACGAUGUUUUCUCCAGAGACCGGUGUGAUGUUUAAAUAAAUGUGAAAGGUUAAAUUCCCAUCCCACGAACUCCAGCCCUCCCGCCGGGUUCGGACGCCUCCGUCGCCUCCCGAUGUCUGCGUGUUCGCUUCCACUGUUGCAUUUGUGUGUGUGCGUGUGCGUGUUGAAGCAGCACGAGUGUGUUUCAGUGUGCGAAGCGUCCAAUCGCAGGUGGGCGGGUUGCAGCAGGUUUCAAAAUUCCACUUUUUUUUUUUUUAGAUUGCGACAGAAGCGAGGAGAGAAGCUUGCAGACGCCAUGAUCACUGUUACCGCCGUGGCGUUGAUUCGAUUCAGACCAAAGCAUUUCCGCCCUCCCAUCCAAAUGUUCGCCGCUAAUCUCAAAGAGCACAACGCGAGUCGAGUUUACAAAUAGAGAGUAAAUAUACAAAUAGAAACGAUUAAACGCCAGCCCCGCCCCCUCCACCGCCAUCAAUCAGACCGACCCGCCUCUCUCCCUCCACCUUCAGAGUCCGAACUGAAAACAUGACACAUCCGUGACGUGAGUCCCGGUUUGUUUGCACAGUCUUCACGCUGCAGGAUCAACGCUCCGCUGCAGGGUUACAGGCCACGCCCCCCACAUUCCUCCGAACAGCCGGAGAGAGAAAGUUAAGCAUCAGCAGAUGUGGUAAAGGUCAAAGGUUGAUCUCAGAUUCUCUUCAGAGCGCCCCUAUCAUCCUCCAGCGAGCAUUCUUCCUGUGCGAGAGUCGUGUGACAUCACAUGUGCACGCAACAAAAACACAAACAGAUAAAUCUGAGUCACAUCCGGAUGUUCGCCGCCGUUCAGCCUUUCUGUUGUUUCCAUUUCUGACAGAGCGGGCGCACAACGCUGGAAAAAAUCACGUGAAGAGAGUUUGAGCGCGAGACGCCAUAGCCUGACUCGCCGUUAGCUGUUAGCCGUUAGCCCGUGUGGGAGUAAUGCGGUGUGGGCCGACUCGGGGGUCGCGUUCCAGCGCUCUGCGGUUAUUUCUGCACGCUGACUCGUGAGCACAGCGGCGUCUGUCUUCGGCGCAGUUAAGCCGCCUCCACGCUGAUUUUUGUCUUCCUGAAACCAUUUUGAAAAACCAAAACGUGCUCGGCGCCCCGCUCUGCGCGAUGACAUCACAAACAUGUUCAGUGUUCUUUAUUUGGCGCUCACGCUCGUCCCGUUGCUCUCCGACAGUAUUCACUCUAAACAGUGUUUAUGUUCUCUAGUGGGAGGGGUGGGAGGGGUUAGGGGAGGGGCCAUAGAGACAGACCACGCCCAUAACCACCCCUGCCAUAACAAGUAGGAAAGAUAAUAACAUCGUUAUCCUCAUUAUUACUGUUGUUAUUACUAUGAUUAUUACCAAACAGACAAAUAAAGAUGCAGUAAACAUUUGCAAAAACCCGGAGGGAGACCGAACGGCUUCACAACGUGAUCGAAUCAACUUUAAAGAUGGAGGUGACGAUUCUAUAAUAGCAAUGAUUUAAAGUACAAAGGAGUUAUGUUAUCAUAAUAAUAGUAGUCAUAUUGAAUAUUGAAUGCUCGCAAUUUUGUCAAACUGAAACUGGAUUCUUUGUGUUAUGUAAUUAUUGUAAAUAACUUCAAAGAGAGAAAAAAUGACUUGCAUGUCUAUGUAUAAAUCUACUGAGAUAUCUAUUCCCGUCAAAGUCUGCACGCAGGCCCGCCUCUGUCCUCUUUCGCCUCUUUCGCCCGCCCUCGCUGUGGCGCCCCCUCUGUUCGUACCGUGCAGCUGAGUUGCGACAGCAGAGACGAGGAGAAACUUGGCUUCCUAUUGUCGCGUCUGCACACGCUCAGUUCCGAAGCUGUGUCUGCGCCCGCCUGUGGACGGAGAAGGCACGGCGGUGUUUUUAGUAGCAGGACGCCCGCUGAGCGGUGCCGCCGUCCCUUUGAGUGCCCGUGUCUCUUAGUUUCUUUCUGAAGGAGCGAAUGAAAACACCACACAGGUUUUUGCGGCACAAAUGCAGCCACGCCUCCAUCUGUUACCCCAGGUCCAGAGGCUCCACCCACUGGCUCCUCUGAUGAAAGUGCUUCCCUCCAUAUUAGGAAAACUAAGCCCGCCUUCAGGGCUUUCCAGGCCACACCUGCACGUCACUUUGGAAGCCAAGUCAGCAGUUUUAAACUCUCCCUCUCUCGCCGUCCUGUUCAAUCUCAGCUGAAGCAAGCUCGCCAAACGACACACCGAAAGCUCCGCCUCUUUACCUGACUGCUUCCCCAGAGUUUAGCCUGAGCCUAGGUCUAAAAGACUCAACCUGCCAGCACUUAGCCAUAUCCAAUAUCAUCCUGCUGCACUGUAAACAAUCUGACUGACGAAAGCGGCGUGGUGUCACGGCGCCAGGUUGCUUCCGCCCGUCAGAACCGAGACUCGGUUAACGGAGUCGUCCAUCUCAGUAGAAGAAUCAUCGUCUCCGAUGGUUAGAUGACCUUCGUCUGCCGCCGCAGUCUUCCUUCUGCGUGGCUUUUCCAUCGUUUAGUCCUCACGAGUUCCCGGUGGAGGUCUCAGCUCCAGACGACACGCAGGUGAAGCGGUCCACUUCCUGUGGUUUCACCUGGUCUGACGGCUCAGCGUCUCCUCCACGCCACGGCCACCAGCGCCACCACCUGGUUUCAGGCCCGCUCUCUAGCCUCACACAGGCCUAACCUGACGAAGCGUGCAAUAUUCAGAGAAACAAGGGCUUGUCUUUAUCAUGCAGAGGCGUCGGCCAUGGCGCGGGAACUUCAGACACCGUAAUUGAAAGAAGCGUGAACCCCACCUGAUUUUUAGGGCAUGUGGUGAGUGAGGAACAAAGCUAUCUCGGGGGAGGGGGGCGGCAGGUGGGAGGCGGAGCCCUGAGGUCAGAAAAAAGCAAAGCGCUGAGUAAGAGAGAGGACGGGGGCGCCGCGCGCAACUUUGACCGGAAAUGCAACUUGUGUCCCGUUUUUUUUGUGUGUGUAUGUGUGCGUAGCGUAAUGUAAAAGCGAUCUGUCCCCCCCCACUCCACCUCACCACCCCAACCCUCUCCCCCCUCCAGAAAGAAAACAUUCCCCCCCGACCCUGCCCCCU